GCGGGGCCGGAAGCGCGGCGGUUCCGCGAUGGCGGCGGCGGCGGUUUCGGCGCUGGGCGGCCUGGGCGCCGCCGAGGCCGAUGUGGCGGACUCGUCGGGCUCGGAGGACGAGGCGAAGCCCAGCGCGGCGGCCGCGGCGGCGGCGGCAGCGCGGCGGGAGGAGCGGCUGCGGCGGUUUCGUGAGCUGCACAUGAAGCGGAACGAGGCGCGCAAGCUGAACUACCAGGAAGUCGUGGAAGAAGAUAAAAGACUCAAGUUGCCAGCAAACUGGGAAGCCAAGAAAGCGCGUCUGGAAUGGCAGCUGAAAGUGGAGGAGAAGAAGAAGGAAUGUGCUGCCAGGGGAGAGGACUACGAGCGCGUGAAGCUGCUGGAGGUCAGUGCUGAGGACGCCGAGAGGUGGGAGAAGAAGAAGAAGAGGAAAAAUCCUGACCUAGGAUUCUCAGACUACGCAUCGGCUCAGCUGCGCCAGUACCAGAGGCUGACCCGGCAGAUCAAACCCGACCUGGAGCAGUAUGAGAAGCUCAAGGAGCAGUACGGCGAGGCGCUGUACCCCACCUCCGACAGCCUGCUCCACGGGACACACGUGCCCUCCAGGGAAGGGGUGGACAGGAUGGUGGCAGAUCUCGAGAAACAGAUCGAGAAGCGGGACAAGUACAGCCGGCGGCGCCCGUACAACGACGACGCCGACAUCGACUACAUCAACGAGCGCAACGCCAAGUUCAACAAGAAGGCCGAGAGGUUCUACGGGAAGUACACGGCUGAGAUCAAGCAGAACCUGGAGCGGGGCACAGCUGUCUGAGCGAGCCUGGGGCCCUGCCUGGGGCACAGCCCUGCUCUGGCUGUCGGCCCAGGGGCAGAUUUUGCACGGCCGUUUUAAUUUCAAUCCCCCUUAAGACAUAAACCCAACAGCAGAUUUUAGGUAACAGCAGUGAUUUGCUAACAUGCUCUGUAAUGGAAGUAACUUGCCAGCAUCUGUCUACAGCUUUUGCUUGCAGAGGUCACCAGCUUGUGCAAUUUCAUGUUAUAAAUAAACAAAUUGAUCACUCCA